ACAAGGUAUAGUCAUGUGCACAUCCAUGGAUGAACCAAGUCUACUACAGAAAUUAAAGUUUCGGCGCCUGGAGUGGAUGUAGUCGUCAGGGCAAAUUAGUCUGGCGGCGGAAAAGUGGGAGAUAAAUAAUGCCCGUUUCGUGCUGCGCACUCGGUUGCUCCAACAGCGUGCUUCGUGGCAAGCGGCUGUUCCGCAUCCCUUUGAGCGAGAAAGACGCCGCCCGGCGCCAAGUGUGGCUGGCGAUUAUCAAGCGAGAGGGAUUCGUGCCUACGGCAGGAUCACGAUUUUGCGAGGAUCAUUUUGAACCGGACCAAUUUGAGCAGUGCAGGGCAGAUGGGCGCAAGCUGCUCAAGUGCAAUGCUGUGCCGACCAUUCCAGGUCCUGGAACAUUGGCAGGUCGCAAGAAAAGAUGGCGCCUGAACAGGCGGGCACCAAGCGCAACCAAGAGGAGGCGCUCUUCUUCGGUUUCUGUGCAUGGGGUGCUAGACGGUCUGCUGCCCGCACUAGGGCACAAAAUAUCCACUAUGCAACCGGAGGACAGGCACGUAGCCCUCUGGAUGGACAGGGCGGCAAUACUGCCAGGCGUUGACCCAACCCUGGGUGGGGCAAGGUGGUCGAUCGUCUGAGGAAGCACUUGUUCUCACUGUGGUGGGGCUGGCUUCAUGCUGGAAGCAGACUCUGGGAUACCACCUGCUUCCUGGGUCGUUAUUUUUCACUUCUACAGGUGAGAAUUUGGGGAACUACAGCGCUUUGCAGUGCACUGAAAGAUGUCCUCUUCCAAGUGGUUGAAAGGUGUGAAGCCCUCGGCCUGACCGUCGAUGCCCUUGUGACGGACCUGAGUGCCUGCAGCCUUUCCCUGUGGAAGCAGUGCGGCAUCUCCACUCAUCCUCCCUUCAGACGACCCGUCUGCUCGACGCGUCACCCUUGCUCCACGGAGCAGUCUGACCACCGGCGGCUGAUGGUUCUUGCCGACGUAACGUAUGUGACGAAGAGCAUCAUAGAUGCUUUAAUUGAAAACGAGGUCAUAUUUCUUCCCAGAGAUGUGGUUGAGAACGAGAACACUGUCUUCCCACGGAUAAGGUAAGUUUCGGCCACAUUAGGUCGCUCUUCGCGAAAAACAGUGCCGAUAAUUUAGUACUUUUGCGUGCUGUCGAACUAAAUUGCCUAAGCCCCGAAUAUACGCGAAAAGACACGAGCGUAUCUGGCGCGGUCUUGAACUGCGCA